UGCGCUUCCAGAAUCAUCCUCCGACGUCAUGUGGGGACCACGGCACGGCGGGGUUAUCGAACGCCGUCGGAAUUCAUCGAGAUCUGUGCAGUUGACGCAUUCGCUGUUCCCUGCGCGCCGUCAAAUAGCUCUGCGUCGUCUCUCCCCUUCAUUCUCCUCUCCGAAGUCGCCUGAUCGUCUGCUCCUCGAUCCUUCCUCCCCUUCCUCCUCAUCUACUGCCGCGGUCGCGACGCCGAUGUCCUUCGUCGGUGCCCACGGCGGCAGCGCCGCCCGCCAGCACUACUACUGCCACCAGUGCGACCGCACCGUAGCCCUUGUACCCAACGCCGCGGAGAUCUCUUGCCCCAUCUGCCACGGCGGCUUCCUUGAAGAGGUCGAGCCUCCUAAUCCGAACCCUAACCCUAAUCCGUUCUUCCCCUUCGCCCCCUCCUCCGAUGCCUUUUUCCUCUCUCCCUCUCUCCCAUUCUUCUUAUCCUCUUCCUCCUCAUCUUCCCCCGCCGCCACUAGCUUCGACCUCCGGAACCCUGGAGAUCUCGCCGGCCUCCUCGGUCCUGACCUCGUCGUUACCCGCUCGGGCCCUGUCGCCCCCUCAGCGGCCCACGGCGCCGCUCCUUUCAAUCCGAUGGUCUUCCUACAAGAUUACUUCCAACAGUUGCUCUCUGGCGGUGCCAACAUCCAGGUCGUAAUCGAGGGUGGCCCUUCCGGUGGCAUAGGCAACCUUGGCGAUUACUUCAUCGGCCCCGGCCUUGAGCAGCUCAUCCAGCAGCUUGCUGAGAACGAUCCCAAUCGCUAUGGCACCCCACCGGCGGCAAAAUCUGCCAUCACUGGCCUUCCGGACAUUAAGAUAAGCGUUGAAUUGCUUGCUUCUGAUGAAGCACAGUGCUCUGUUUGUAUGGAGACUUUCAAGUUGGGGGAUGAGGCUAAGCAGAUGCCUUGCAAACAUAUCUUUCACAAGGAUUGCAUCUUACCAUGGCUUGAAUUGCAUAAUUCCUGUCCAGUUUGCCGCCAUGAGCUGCCAACUGAUGAUCCCGACUAUGAGCAACGUAGAGGGGCACCAGCUGCCCUUUCAGCGCGUCCAACAGCUGGAAUAAGGGAUCCUGGUAGCGUUGGUGGGUCAGCUGGAGCUUUUGCUGAGGGGGGUGCUCCUAGCCCAAGAACGGUUGAGAGGAGGUUUAGGAUUUCACUACCAUGGCCAUUUAGGAUUUUUGGGGCACAAGCUGAAGGUAGCGAUGCUGCUGCUGGUGGGAAUGAUGGUAAUGCUGGAGGCAAUGGCACUGAUGCAAAUUCUGGCCGGCAAGGAGAUGGGCGCUCAGAAACUCGGCAAGAAGAUUUGGAUUGAGAGAAAUCAGAAUCACAGCUUCUUGUUAUUGGUUUUUAAAUACAAGUUGUGUGCAGUCAUCGUGCAGAGCCAAAAUUGCCCCAAAACAAGCCAUCCAGGUUAUCAUUUUGGGAAUUUUCUAGCUCCGCAGAGUGGUGCAGACUGUCAACCAGCACAGCACCCACCCAAGAGCUACUCAGGUGGCAUAUAGUUAGAUGAGCCUUUAGGGUAUUGUCUAGGAUUGGUUUGCUGCUUUGUUCCACAUCAGUGUCAUGUAGGCACUUGUGGGGACUUUUGGCCGUGGCAGACCAUCUUGGACCCUUUUGUCGUGUGACCGUUUAGAGCUUGUGAAAUUUAUGUUUGUAAUUUGUAUUGUCUAUCAAGUGUUUACUGAAAUGACUGCUUAUGGAUCCCGAGUUAAACAUUUUCUCUAGCUCAUCUUCUCUUUUGUAUGUCCUUAAGGAAUCAUAAGAGGUUUCGGGGAGGCUGACUCUUUGCGGACGGACACGUGAGGGUAUCGCACGACUUAGGCAAAACUAAUUAAGUCUGUGACAAUAUAGUGGUUGUUGGACUAGUAAAUACUGGUCUGCACCAGCUUAAAAGUUGGUGUUUGAAUCCAUGGUUUCCACUUAAAAAUUUUGGUCUGAGUCCUUGCUGAAUCUUGUUACUUGAACCUAAUAGACAGGCCUAACUAACUGUUACUACUUUGUUUGUGGCAUGGUUAAUGUCCAUUGUCUUCAUCAAGAGGGAGCAACAUAUAGUUAUUUUAUUUGUGCAUGAAAUGUGUGAUUUGGGAUGUUCUUUUUGGUUUUUUUCCCUUUCUUGGUUGUAGGAUGGGGGCAUUUUCAUUUUGUACAAGGUUAUUUUGAUGAUGAAAAAUAAGAAAAUCACCCACCUGCCCACCCAUACAAACACACUAAUAUACCUUAAAGUAGCAUCCUUCCAGAACAUAAUGCAUACAACAAGCUGCACAAAAUUGCAAAAACACAGUAAAAAUAAUUGUUUGCUUUGUUCACUGAAGUUCGACCCUGGAGAUAGUAGUCAUGUCAGGUUGUUCUUUAUCCGUGAACUAGAGAUCUUCUAGAUCAAGUACUCAAAAGGAUUCAGGUUUUGCCCUACAGGUUAUCAUCAGUCAGAUUUUGGUCAUUUCUUUCAACUCUCCCAUUCUUUGUUCUAUUCACCCAGUCAUCCUCACCUGGUCAAGCCAAGAAAACAUGUAUGUGGCCUUUCCCCUUCCAAUCAUAUUGUAUCUGAGAAAUUGCUUUAGUUUGUCCGCUAUUCAUGUAGCGAUGGAUCCAAGUAUAUUUUACUUCUACUGAUUUUGUAGGAUGUCACCUGUUUUUGGUUGGGGAUAACUUUGUUUAUGUGAAAUUUUGUAUUUGAACAAAUUAAUUUAUAUACUAUAAGCAAGAAAUUCAUACGGAUGAUGAUUCUGAGUU